UAUCACGAGCUCAACCCGUCCUACAUUUGUCGCAUCGCCAUUGAGCCCGUCGCCAUGGGUGCCCAAGAGUCUAAGCCCCAGGCCUACGAAUGGAAGGUCUCAGGACCGCCAAGCGUCUCUCUGCCAGUCAUGGAGUCGCUGCAAACUAGCCCCGAAACGGAUGCCUCCCGCGCCAAGCUAGUUGAGCAACAUAUCCAGGCCCGCGUUGCCGAGGAGCUCAAGAAGCUGCAAAAGCAAGAGUCCGAUGCCCUCAAAUUCGCACACGAGAAAAUCGCAGAGGCUGCCUCUUCAGUCACUGAGGAAAAGGGCCCCAGUCGCUACACCGUUGGCAAGGAGAUUGAUGAGCUGCGCAGCAAGCUCGAGCAGCGCAAGACUGUGCGAGAGCUGCCUGAAAGUGUCGAGACGGCACGAAACAAUGUCAUUCGAUGCUUGAGGGAGAACGACAGGAGACCGCUGGUCUGCUAUGACGAGGUCGAGGCGUUCAAGGCGGAAGUGAAGAAGCUGGAGAAGGACUGGAUCAACAGGGUCACUGCAUAG